AAAUAUCGAGCCUAUUUUGGUGGUAUUUUUCAGUCUCGUAAAAUGAAUGAAGAGGCGACAAUGCGUGCGCAAACGUUUGCUAGUUACAAUUUUGUUAAGACGUGACAGACUAGCUAACAUUAGCUAGCUAGCUUACGAAAAAAAAACGCCCAAAAUGUGAACAAUGAGCAGUAACGGCAUUUUCGAUGUUGAGGCAUUGUGUGUUUAAAAAGUGCUAAUAUCUGUUACCAUAUGGCAUAGUUACUACACGUUUUCACCGCUAUCGCAUAGCUAAUAACAUCCUAGUUAGCUAUAGCUAGUUAACUAACACGUAUAUUUUUUGGUACGGGUAAGUUAACGUCAACUAAUGUAGCUAGCUAGCAGUCUAGCCCGUAUGCCGAACUAAAUCAAGAGAGCACUGACUGCUGUAUAGCUAAAUUCAAUGACGAUGAUACUCGGGUUGCGUCUAUCUUCUUGGCAAGACAGGCUGAUGACUGGUCAACAAAGGGAUUGCGCUAGACUGUCAGACAGCUGUACAAGUAUAGGGUGCGAGAAGAGCUAGUAGUAUCCCUACUAGGAGGAGUGAAGGCCGAGACCAGAGAGAAAGAAGCAGACCACCAGAGAGAUAAGAGGCAUCUUGGAAGAUGUCUGCCUCGCACUUCUUCAAUGAGGACAGUGUCACGCGGUUCAAAAAGAGAAAAGCUCGCUUUACCUUCAGUGAGGUCCACAUCCUCCUGGAUGAAGUGAAGAAGAAUCGGCACAUCGUUGUUGGGAAGUUUAACCGCGGUGUACCAACGGAUGUGAAGAAGCGCGUGUGGGCGGAGAUCACGGCCAGUGUGAAUGAGAUCGGCGAGAGCCAGCGCGAGGUCAUCGAGAUCAUCAAGAAAUGGUCCGACCUCAAGUGCGACACCAAGCGUAAGGUGGCCGCCAUGCGGUCGGGGGCCAACUUCAAGGGGAUCAACUCGCGGCUGUCCCGCGACCUCAGCCCCACAGAGAACAUUGUACAUCAGAUCUUGGAGCUGGAUGGGAAGCGAAGCCGGGUGCCAGGUCUCCAUUAUGGGGCUUUCAAGGAGGGAGAUGAUGAUGAAGGACCAGAGGAGGAGGACGAGGAAGAGGACAUGGCGGGGAUACACAGUUACCCCAAUGAAGGAAUAGACGUCUCGAUGCCACCACCCUCCACGCUUUCCUCGGCCAUGCCCAUGUCCUUUUCCAUGGGGAUGCCGGGCCCUGGCCACACACCCAUACCCCCGGUUCAACCCAAAGACGACCAUUCUAUGGCAAACUACAGCGGCUCGUCCAGAGAUUCGUCACAUCCCUCUUAUGAAAUGCAGUAUGAGAUACCCACUGGUGAAGACACUGAGAACCAGUUUGGGCAGACAGACGACGAGCAUCAGGACGAGCUGCCCCCUUCCACCUCACACACGUCCAGCCUCACAGAGGACAACCAGGAGAGUGGCGGUGGCCCACACCCCUCCGCAGGCACCCAGCCCUCGCCCUCAUCGUUCUCCACCGCACCACCUACAGCAGGCCAGCCCCCUCGGAACGCCAGGGAGAGCAUGUUGCAGUGCGCCUCGCUGAGCGUUCAGGAGCAGCACGCCACCAACACCGCGCUGGAGACUGUGUCACGCUCCCUGGAACUGCUGUCCGAGUCGGUGCAGCAGCUGGCCGAGACGCAGCAGGAGUUUGUGCGCGAGUCGCUGCAGCUGCAGAGGGAGACGAUGCACAUACUCCGAGACUUCACCAGUGGGGCCCUGGCCCUCAUGCAUGACAAGCUCAAUGGACGCCCGGCCCUAUAGCCCAGACGUUGCUGCACUAUCUGCCCCUCCUGUGGAGCUGGAUGGGAGUGUUCCUUUACACUGGGUACAAGGUUGUUCGAUUUCUUUCAUUGAGUCAUUCACUCCAGACAUUUCUAGUGGGUUGUGUUCCGAAUUACUGUAUUUAUAGGAGUAACCCUACUGUCUGCCUAAAUUGUUAAAUUAUGAACUGUGUGUGUGUUAUCCCUCCAAGGGAAAUCCAGAAACUCAAAGCAGAAUUAGGGGUUGCUUGCACAAAUUAAGAGCCUAUUUGUUUCUUCCCCCAUUUCUCAGAUCGUUAAAAUGGAGUCUAGUUUAAGGCUCAGAGAGCUUCUAAAACUUGGCAAAUUCUAAAGUGAGGUAAUGUGUCAUGUUUUCUAAAGUGUCCUGUUAAGGUUCUGAUAAACCUGUUAGAGCGAUAAGGCCCCGUCAUUUGAAAAAGGUGUACUUACUUCUUUAGAUUAUGGACUGAUUUCUGUAUGUUCCUUUUUUAUGUGAGACUGUUUAAAAUUAAUUAUCCUUUUGUCUACUAUGUUGAUGUAGUCUCCCUAUGUACUAUUGUACGGAGAUAUUGUAGAACAUGUAAAUAAAUAAGAUGAACUGCUGUAAA